AUGUUUGAAGUGGGUGGUCUCCUUGAAAACCAAAUUCUUUUUAUUCUUCUUUUCAAUACAUGCGUUCUUAGGAAUGACAUUCCCUUGGUGACGUUUGGCCAUCGAAAGUUGAAGCCAAUGCCCAUUAUCCCUUAUUCUUUCGUGGGAAGCCAUGGGCCAUUAUGCCCUUUUCUUGGGAGUUUACGGAUUCAUAAGCUAAAAACAUCAUACAGCACCGGGGCCAGCAGAGUCGUGCUAAUACAAAACUUUAUCCAAGAAUAUUCUGGAGCGUGUAUCAUUGUGCCAUCGGCAGCAGUUUCUUUUACAUAUUGCACUCUAGUGUGA